AUGGUGCUGGAUCUCGAUCUUUUCCGUACUGACAAAGGUGGAAACCCUGAUAAGAUUAAGGAAAAUCAGAAGAAACGUUAUAAAGAUGUGGAAUUAGUUGACAGGGUUAUUCUGAAAGACUCCACAUGGAGACAGUUGAGACAUAAGGCCGAUAACUGGAAUAAACUGAAGAAUGUUUGUAGUAAAGCUAUUGGUGAAAAAAUGAAAAAGAAGGAACCACAAGGUGAUCCCAAUGAUGAUGUUCCCGAAAACGUCUCAUCCCAGUUAGAAAAUUUGACCAUAGAAUUAUUACAAACCAUUACAGUGAACCAGAUCAAAAAGGUACGUACAUUAAUUGAUGAUGCAAUUGUGAGAAAUGAUGAUGAGUUACUGAAAACAGAGAAGAUGAGGAAUGAUGCCCUGAGGGAAAUUGGAAAUCAUCUACAUGCAUCAGUACCAAUUGAUGACAAUGAAGAUAACAAUAAAGUUGAGAGAACUUUUGGAGAUUGUGAGAGGAGAAAAAAAUAUUCACAUGUAGAUCUGAUCCAUAUGAUAGAUGGGAUGGAUGGUGAUAGAGGAGCUGUUGUCUCAGGUGGCAGAGGUUACUAUCUGACAGGGCCAGCAGUAUUCUUAGAACAUGCUCUCAUACAAUUUGCCUUGAGGAUACUGCACAAAAAAGGUUACAAACCUUUAUACACACCCUUCUUCAUGAGGAAAGAGAUUAUGCAAGAAGUAGCUCAACUCUCUCAGUUUGAUGAAGAACUUUACAAAGUUGUUGGAAAGGGAAGUGAAAAGGCAGAAGAAAAGGACAUUGAAGAAAAGUAUUUGAUAGCUACUUCAGAACAACCCAUUGCAGCUUUCCAUAGGGAUGAAUGGAUUGCUGAAAAUUCUUUGCCCAUCCGUUAUGCAGGAUAUUCAACAUGUUUUAGACAAGAAGUUGGAUCCCAUGGUCGUGAUACUAGAGGCAUUUUCAGAGUACAUCAAUUUGAAAAGGUUGAACAAUUUUGUUUAACAUCCCCCUUCGAUAAUAAGUCAUGGGAAAUGAUGGACGAAAUGAUAAACAAUGCCGAAGAAUUUUACAAAUCCCUAGAAAUUCCUUACCGAGUGGUUAACAUUGUAUCAGGAGCAUUGAAUAAUGCGGCAGCAAAAAAAUUGGAUCUAGAAGCAUGGUUCCCAGGAUCUGGAGCAUUCCGGGAAUUAGUAUCAUGCAGCAAUUGCCUAGAAUAUCAGGCUAGACGAUUGCUAGUCAGAUACGGUCAAACGAAAAAAAUGAAUGCCACAACGGACUAUGUGCAUAUGUUGAAUGCCACCAUGUGUGCGGUUACCAGAGUGAUCUGUGCUAUCUUGGAAAAUAAUCAGACCGAAACCGGUAUUGCAGUACCUACUGCCCUUAAGAGUUUCUUACCGGAAGAGUAUCAGAAUGAAAUCCCAUUUGUGAAGCCUGCGCCCAUAGAUGUGGAAAAGGAUUCCAAGAAGGCAAAGAAACAAAAAGAUGGCAUGAAAAAAGGGGGUGGAGAAGAAUAAUGUGA